UUGUUUCAGGAAAGACAUUCGAGUCACUUCGCCCUCAACAUGAACGCCAAGGUCCUCAUUCUCUUCGGCCUAUUGGCCGUGGCCGUCGCUGACAGGCGCCCUUCGUAUACAUACAACCGUCCCAGGGACUUCUCCGCCGAGUCCUACGAGUCCAGCGAAGCCCGUUACAACUUCAAGUGGGCCGUGAGCGACGACUCCUCCAGCAACGAAUUCGGACACCAGGAGGCCCGCGACGGAGACGACACCCGCGGAUCCUACUACGUCCAGCUCCCCGACGGGCGCCUGCAGAAGGUGUCCUACUACGUCGACGGGGACGACGGGUACGUGGCCCAGGUCACUUACCAGGGAGAGGCUCGCUUCCCCGACUCCGAUGAAUCCUUUGAGUCCCGAGAGUCUCGUCGGUACGGUUAGGGUCUUCACUGAGUCCUUCGAGGAUCAUUUAUUUAUGUAGAUGAUUUUUUGGGGUUUUAUUUAUUUGCAAUAAAUCUUCU